UCCUCUAGAGCCAGGUCGUGCUGCGGCUGCGCUAAUCUCCUGGAACUAAUUCUGAAUCUUUGGGCCUUUAAGUAUGCCUCAUUCUCAGGAAUCUUUCUCGCACCUUGCGUUAAGUGACGAAGACACACACUUGGGAAAUCUGCGGGCAUCUAAGAAACUGCCAUUUCCGAGCCCAACUCACCUUGCUCAGCAGCAGGAGCCCUGGAACCGGCUCAGCUCAACUCCCACCGUUACCUCCAUGAGGCGAGACGCCUACUUUUUUGAUCCGAAGAUACCAAAGGAUGAUCUGGAUUUCCGCUUAGCAGCCUUGUAUGACCACCACACUGGGGCGUUCAAGAACAAAACGGAGAUACUGUUACACCAGGAGACGGUCCAGGAUAUCAGUGGACGCAAGAUCCAGUUUCCUGGAGAAUGUCCUCCGGCUCCCAUCACUUCCCGAGCUAACAUCAGACACUGGAUCAACCCUAAGAAAGAAUCUAUCCACAGCAUCCAGGGAUCCAUAGUGUCUCCUCACACAGCAGCCACCAACGGAGGUUACUCCCGGAAAAACGAUGGUGGCUUCUUCUCCACCUAGUGGUGACAACUGGGCUAGUUUCAUCAUGGUGGAACAUCCAGCUGUCCUUCUCCAUUAAAUAGCUUUGCUCAAGAUGAAGCCUGAAGUGUCUGCUGCCCGUGUCACCUUUUGACCACUCUUAAAAUAUGAGGAAAACUCUCCAGUUCUAGAAUCGAUUCCUGUUGCAACCUGGAAAGUCAUUUUGCCAGAAGGAUUUAGGAUAAAACAACACUGGUUUGGAAGGGACACAAGUAUUCAGUUUACAAGUUUGUAAACUAAAGUCACAGCCCCACAGAGCCAGUUAGUGCAUCCGACACUAAGUGUCAGGGAAACAGGAAAUGGACGUAGUCGGCUCUCUAAAUGAGCAGGUUAUCAUUGUUCUAAAUGCAUCCUGUAGCUAACUGCUAAAGCCACAUUAAUAGACUUUAGACUCUUGAGUUUACUCAUCUGCUUUCCCCUGGUCCUACUCCUUGCCUUCCUCCAGUCUCUGUCUCUCUACUGCCUGGAAGUCCACUCUCUUUUCUGUGUUGAUUUUGCCUGUGGGAUAUAGCGCCAAUUCUCACGAGCAUUGUUCAAAAACGUAGUGUUUGGAUUUCAAGGUACCUAAAAUUUGAUGCGUUAACUUGGCUUCUAGUCUUAGAAGUCAUGGGGCUGGGGAAAUGGCUCAGUGGAUGAAGUCUUUGCUGGGCAAGCACGGGGUCCCCAGCACACAUCUGUAACUCCACUGCUGUGGGGGCAACUGUGUGGGGAGAAAGGCAGAUCCGAGGGGCUUGCCAGCUAACCAGUCUGGCUGAGACAGCUGAGUUCCUGGUCAUGUCAGAGACCCGGUCUCAAACAAACUUCAACCUCUGGUCUCUCAGGUGCACACAGAGGCACGUGAAUGAAUUCACACAAAUAUGCACACACACACACACACACACACACAGAACACAAGUCACUCAUAAGAACCUGUUGUCACAGCUGGGCGGUGGUGGCGCACGCCUUUAAUCCCAGCACUCGGGAGGCAGAGGCAGGAGGAUCUCUGUGAGUUCGAGGCCAGCCUGGUCUACAAAGAGAGUUCCGGGACAGGCUCCAAAGCUACAGAGAAACCCUGCCUUAAAAAAAAAAAAAAAAAAAAAAAAACAGAAGGGCUGGAGAGAUGACUGACAACAUUGUUUCAUUUGUGACUCAAAUACAGACGGGAGCUCUUCCAGUAACUGCCAUGUUCCGUUUCUGUUCAAACUUCCAGUCUUCUCAGUCUCUGUUGCCCUAUGCAAUACGAAGUUUCUGCAAUUGGGAGGCUAAGGAACGAAUAUCAGGAAUUCAUGGUCAUCCUUGGCUGUACUGUGAGUUCAAGGCAAGCCUGAAUACCUCCGAUAUGAUGCUCUGU